AUGGCGGGGCGUCGCGAGUCUGUGCGGCUCGUCGUGCGACUCGAUCCCUUCGCCACCACGCACAUCAACUUCGCGCACCUCCUUCGACAAGCUUCCCCCGCACAGCCUUCCGCGCCUCUUCCGCCGCUUCCUUCGGGGCCGCUUCAGUCGGCGGAAGGCGCGGGAAGCGGUGAAAUUCGCGGCGAGGCGGAGGCGGAUGGCGCAGCGGCGGCGGGCAGCAGCGAGAAGGAGCGAGCGGUAGGCGAUGCGCAGCCGGGAAGUACGGCGUUGCUGGCGCGCGGCAGGGAGCCCAAGGCGGCGGCGGUGCUGGUUGAUCCGCUGCCGGAGGCGAGGAACCGAUUCAGCGCCGUCAUCGACAAGAUCUCGCGCCUCUACGCCGGCUCCGACAGCGACGACGAUGACGAUGACGGCGGCAUGAAUGAUGGGCGCGCGGCUGCAGAGGGGGCGGACGGGGGAAGGGCGGGGCAGCGCGGUGACCAAGGAGCAGCACGGGGCGGCGAGGGGGAGGGGGGGGAGGGCGAGGAGGGGUGGGAGGGGUGGGAGGAGGGUGGAGAGUGGGAGGAGGAGUACGACACGGACGACCCCUUCAUCGAUGACUCCGACCUCAAGGAGUAUUUUUCCUCCAACCGCAAGGCAAAGCGAGCUGGCUUCUUCGUCAACCGAUCCGACUCCCAACACUCACCGCCCAGAGGGGGGACUGAUAGAGGCAAAGAUGUGAGGCAUGCAGCAAAGAAUGGUGCUGCUGUGGCUGACCAUGCUCGGCACAUGACAGACGAGGCUGUUCUCCAUGCAGCAUCGCGGCGAGGGGCUGUACUGUGGAGUGCCGAGGUCGCUGUGAGUGAGGUGCAGUGUCCGAUCCGAUCCAUGGUGAAGGGCUGCUUGGCCUCUGCUAUGGGGCCAGUGGUACAGUGCCCUCCGUGCAGAUAG